AUGGUUCAAUCGAAUGAUUACAUACUCAGUAUUUUCAAUGAUUCAGUAGCAAAGAGAGAAGUCCCUUUUGAAGCGAUAGAAACUUUAAAAAGCAAAAUCUUACAAGUUGAAGAUAGGUCAAAUCUAAGUCAAGCAGCGGAAUAUAUUUGCAACGAGAUGCUUCAAGAUCUAGUCGAAACAAAAUGUUAUUUUCUCACUUUCCAUUGGCUGAAGUUCCUCUAUGAAACUUUCGGAGAUGUGAUUUCAAAAAUGAACCUAAAAAAGGCGCUGAAUAGAUUGUUGUUGGUGCACCGAACACUGUUCGCCGGCGAUGAGUUGAUGAAAAAAUUGGCCUUCGACUUGUGGAGUAUUGUCAUUGAUAUCGUGCAUCGGUUUCCAGGAACGAGCGAUGUGGCAAUGUCGACUAAGAUCAGCCUUCUGAUGAGUCCCCUCUUAAACAGCUCUGAUGACCUUGUGAUGAGUCAUCCAUCUCUAGAGGUCAGACGAGUUCGCUGUUGGUGGAAGUUGAUCACACUUUACGCUCAUGACAUUGGUCACUACUUCGAAAAGAUAGUGUCCCCAUUUCUGAAGUACACUCUCUCUUGCUCGGUGGGUCGCGAAACUCAAGAAGGUUCAACUGAAAUGCCGGACCAUUGCCAAGCCAACAAGUGUGGGUGUCCUUCUAGUGAGUUUGCACCAGAAGAAAGAUUAAGUCUUGAAUCUGCAAACAGUCUUGACAAUUCCUUGACUUCUUCCCAACUUCAGACAGCGGGUGCUAACUGUGUUUUAGCCUUAUUCGGUCUGAAACCGUUUGUCGUGGACUUUGAUUCUGACUAUGCAACAGUCGCAGAGGGUUUCAAAAUUGGACUUGCAACAACUGUGUUGUUGGUGAGAACCUUCAGCCAAGAUCUAUUGUCCGCCUGUCAUCAUGUACUGAUCAACUCCAACUCAUCUGCAACUAAGAGAGAUGAAGUUUGUGGUCUCUUUCAUCGACUCUUGUUGUGCCGCGUCAACAUUGACAACGUCAAGGUCACACCUCUGUGGGCACAACAACAACAAAAUUCGACCCCUCAGCUGACAAAUAAGGAGACCAAAUCACAACUUGUCAAUUGCAUUCUACAAUGGAUAGAGAUGGCUAUAAUUUCCCCCCUUGUUUUACUGCAGUCGCUUCAGCCGUUUAAAUUUUCGAUCCAGUUUUUUGCAACUCGGGUGAAAAUUGAAGAGCGAGAUACGAACUUAGCAGAAGAGUUAGUCAGAGUCAUUUCGAAAAGCCCAGAAAAUGCAGAUUCGAUCGGCUGUUUGGAUUUGAUCAAAAGUACAACUCAACAGCAGCUGAAAGAGAUGUGGACUCCUGUCGAACCAGAUGCUACUGGACUUCAGAAACCUCAACAGACGGAGAAAAAACAAUCGAAACCUGCAAAAGAAGUAAUUCCUGCAAAACUAGACAAGAUGUCAAAACAAGCUACAAAAAAGAUGGAAAAAGAAUUGCGUCGAAGAGCUGGUCUGAAGAUGAACAAGUCCCGAAUUGGUAAGUUUAGUGGCAAUUCCAAACCUUGGGACCCAAAGAAUCGAGGGGGACGACCUACGAAAUUCCUGGUAAAACCACAGACGACCACUCGAGCUAGUAGGACUAUCAAACUUCUAAGCAGAAUGACAGCUGCGGAGCAAAAGAAGUGUGUGACGUCAUCAGGUGGAGAGAUGAGGAGAAGCGAAGUGCGGCAGCAGAUCAUGUGGCAGAUGAAGGGAAAUGCUGAUGACAUAGUUGUGAGCAUAGCUCCUGUGUGCAUGAAGACCAAAUUGAAGUUCUUCUACGACAGGGAAGAGUUCUGGAGGAAUAGGAAAAACAAAAAUAACAACAACAACAAUACCCCUGCAGACAUGAUUGAUCUCAACAACAACUUUCUUCUACCAUGCUGA